CACCGUCAUGGCUAGCCGUCGGCCUCGCUGGCACUGGUGCACGUCAUAAACCCUAAUUGGGUACCUCUCGGAAGACGAAGAGCGUCGCCAUGGAAGCGGAGAAAUCCGCCAAGAAGUCCCGCACCUCGAACAAGCCCAGAGGCCCCGCCUUCGCCCUUAAGAAGAUAGUGCAUGACCUACAGCACGCUCCUGCCCUCGUCGGUGGUAUCGUCGAGAAGGGCUUCCCCCCCUCCGGCGAGGGCAGCAGCAAGCCCUACGCUGUUCCCCUUCCCCGUCCCACCGUCCUACCCUUUCCCGUCGCUCGCCAACGCUCCCAUGGUCCGCACUGGGCGCCAGUCGGCUCUGCGAGUGUUGACUCUGAGGAGGAUGACAUUGAGGACGACAAGGAUGAUACCGAUUACGACCCCAUCGCGUCAUUUGCAGACCCUAUCGAGAGGAAGAAGAAGGAAUCCCUCGACUUUAGCAGGUGGAAGGAAUUUGUUCCGCAGGAUGAUGCUUCUGUACCACAAUCCAAGAAGGAAGCAAAAACUGACGCUGGAAAAGUAAUUCAGGUAAAGAAGAGCAGUGCUGCUAUAAGUGAAGGAAAGAAGGAAGCUAUCCCUAGGACUUCUUCACCAAAUGUUGAUAUGCUGGACAGUGAGGAGAUGACACUGAGGGAUUUGAUGAACAGAAACUUUUCAGCAGCGAUCACCACAACGAUUGAACCAAAGUCUAUCAUGGGGAAGUUACAGUCUGAUGCACCAAGAGACAGUGAUUUGGAUUCCUCCUGUGCUGUAAAUGACGUCCCUGCAAGGCCUGGGCAAAAUCAUGUUAUUAACAAUGUAGAGAUGACCGAGGCCAACAAUCAAGGGUCUUCCUCUCUCAUGGAUGACAUAGACGCUGAGAAUCUGUCCCGGCUAAAGCAGAUGUCAGAGGAAGAUAUAGCAGAGGCACGAGCUGAGAUAAUGGAGAAGAUGGAUCCUGCUUUAGUAGAGAUGCUGAGGAAGCAUGGACAGAAAAAGUUAAGGAGCAGGAAUGAUAUUGAGCAUGAACAGAAUAAGGGACAACAGGUGCUGGUGAGUACCAAGCUGGCUGAAAGUGGAAAGAGUACAAAGCCUAUAUCAAAUAAUAGCUCAUGGGAGGCUUGGAGUGAGAGAGUUGAGAAGGUUAGGUCGUUAAGGUUUUCACUGGAUGGCAAUGUUUUGGAAAUUGAUUCUGCUCAGCACAUUCUUAGUGGUGACAAGCCUGACGUGGGUCCUUGUAGUGUUGAGAGCGUAGCUGAGCGUGACUUGCUUCGAACUGAGGGAGAUCCUGCUGCUCUUGGGUACACAAUCCAUGAGGCAGUAGCACUCACUAGGAGUAUGAUUCCUGGACAGCGGGCUAUUGCCUUGAAGCUGCUAGCAUCUGUACUCAGCAAGGCUUUACACAACUUACAACAUAUGGAUAACUGUUCUCAUGUCAGAAAAACAAACCCUGUCGACUAUUUUGUUGAUUGGCAAGCUGUUUGGGCUUUUGUCCUUGGUCCAGAACCUCAGAUGGCUCUUUCAUUAAGGAUUGCUUUGGAUGAUAACCAUGAUUCUGUGGUAAUGGCUUGUUGCAAGACAAUUCAGUCCAUAUUGAGCUUUGACAUAAAUGAGAUCUUCUUUGAUACUGCAGAGAAAGUAACCACUAGUAAGAAGAAUACUUUUAUGGCUCCUGUAUUUCGGAGUAGACCUGAUGCUGAUGGUGGUUUUCUUCACGGUGGAUACUGGAAGUACAACACAAAACCUUCAAACAUUCUCCUUACUAAUGAACAGAAUAGUGAAGAUGAUGAAAAUGAAGAGCAACAUACAAUUCAAGAUGAUGUUGUUGUGGCAGGUCAAGAUGUUGCUUCUGGCCUUGUUAGGAUGGGGGUACUCCCCAGAAUUUGCUAUCUUUUGGAGAUGGACCCUCUUCCAGCUUUAGAAGAGUCCCUUGUUUCUAUAGUUGUUUCUGUAGCCAGACACUCCCCAACUUGUGCUGAUGCUGUUAUGAAGUGCCCAAACCUUAUCCAAACGGUUGUUAAGAUAUUCACCAAGCAAGGUGUGGAACGAUAUCCAUCCCAGAUAAAAGCUGUUCUUCUUUUGAAGGUUUUAUCUCAAGCGAACAAACGAGUAUGCUUAGAUUUUGUGAAACAUGGAGUGUUUCAACAGGCAAUGUGGCACUGGUACAAAAAUGUGUUUACCCUUGAGAGUUGGGUAAAAUCUGGAAGGGAGUACUGUAAACUCACUUCAGCCUUAAUGGUCGAACAGUUACGCUUGUGGAGGGUCUUUAUCCAAUAUGGAUUCUGCAUUACAUACUUUGUAGAUUUUUUCCCUGCUAUGUGUUUAUGGCUUAACCCUCCUACAUUUACCAAGAUAAUUGGAAAUGACAUUUUGGGUGAAUUCACUUCCAUUACAAGGGAAGCAUACCUAGUUCUGGAGGCCUUAGCUCAAAGGCUACCUAAUCUUCAUUCUAUGGAUCAGGUAAAUAAACAAACUAUUGAUUUUUCUAUCUAUGCGGCAGAAUUUUGGUCUUGGAACCAUGUUUCUCCAAUGAUUGACCUGGCUAUAAGUUGGUUAUCAUUAAGAGAUAUACCUUAUAUAUCUUCACUUAUUGCUGACCCGAAGAAGAGCAUGAGCCAUGUUGAAGUUGCACCUAUGGCUUCUUUGUUAUGGGUUAUUUCAGCAGUUCUUCAUAUGCUUUGUAGUAUACUUGAUAGGGCAUUUGCCUUCCCAUGCACCCAUAAAAAUAUGGAUAAACAAAAUUCUUCUCUGCCAUGGUUGCGCCAUUUUGUUCUCAAGAUAGGCCUUCAAAUUAUAAAGAAUGGAUUUCUGGAUAUCUUGUGUUCAAGCAAAUAUGAGUUUGAAGAUUUUUAUACUGAAAAUGGAUCUCUUGCAAGAGUCCUUUGCUUAUUGAGGCAACAGAAGAAUGUUGAUGUAUCAUUAUCUUCAGUAAGUUGUCUUCGAGGAUUAGUCCAGAUUUCUCAACUAGUUGAUGAGCAUGUUCGGAGAGCCAAAACUAUAAACAAUGGUCAGUCAUUCACAGAGGGUAUGUUGGGAUUACCUGAAAAGACACUAGAAGAAGGUAUCAUUAGGUCUGCUCAAAAUGAUCUUUUGCAAGUUCUCACUCUGUUUAUAGAUGUUCUGUCCUCAGAAAAGCAAGUUCUGCAGUCUGUUGAGAUGUUUGGUAGGGGUGGACCUGCACCUGGAAUUGGAUUUGGCUGGGGUUCUUGUGGUGGAGGAUUUUGGUCCUUGAAUGUGCUGCUGGCACAAAUAGAUUCACAACUGAUUUUGAGUUUGUAUAAUAUCAUCCCUGUUGUGUCUGAGAAUGAUCCAAUUCAAGUCGAAUCUAUUAGACCUGAUAAUGCCAUUACUCUGCAGAGAAUAAAUUCCAUGCUUGAGAUAUGUUUGCUUGCAGGACCUGGGGAUGAAGCCACCUUAGAUAAGGCAUUGGAUUAUUUGUUCCAUCUUCCCGUGCUGAGGUAUCUUGGUUUUUGUGUGAAUCAUUUCCUUCAUCAUAUGAAGUUUUCCAAUGUAUCUGACUGGCAGUAUGGUGAAGAGGAUUAUAUUUUUUUCAGUGAGAUUUUGAAACUCUAUUAUAGAGAAAGGUGGUUAACUGCCAAGAGGAAGACUGCCACUCAAGUGCAUAAUGAUGACAUACAUAAGAGGAGUCAUGCUUUGGAAACAAUUCAUGAGGAAAUAGAACCACAUGCUGCAGUUUCCGGAGAUCAUUCUAGCAAUGGUUUGUUGGUAGAGUGGGCAUACCAGAGAUUGCCAUUACCUAUGCAUUGGUUUCUCAGUGCUGUGUGUAUCAUGGGUGAUUUAAAGAAAAUGGCCACAUGCUCACCUGCUGAUGUUGCAAAAAGUGGAUUGUUUUUUCUUCUAGGUCUGGAAGUCAUGUCCUCUUUUCUGUGCUCUACAUCCAGAGAUUCUCUGAUAUCUGGCAUUCCCUUGGUCUGGAAAUUACAUGCUUUAUCUAUGGCUUUGCAUGUAAAUAUGGAUGUGCUUGGGGAAGAGAGAAGUGGGAAUGUUUUUAAAACUUUGCAAGAUAUGUAUGGUCAGCACAUUGAUCAACUAAAAUGUGGAAAUAUGACAAGCAAAGAUGAAGAAUAUAGAGACUUUGUAGCUUCCUCAUCGGAAGCUCAAGUGAGUGGCAGCCAGGAAGUUCUUAAUUUUCAGACAACAAUUCAUGAAAGCUACAAUACAUUUGUUGAGGAUAUCGUUGAGCAGUUUUGUGCAAUGUCAUAUGGUGACAUAAUCUAUGGUAGGCAAGUAGCAGUUUAUCUACAUCGAACUGUUGAAGCCAGUGUCAGGCUUGCCAUGUGGAAUGCACUAUCUAAUAUCCAUGCACUUGAACUCUUACCUCCAAUAGGAAAAUGCAUAGCUGGUGCCGAAGGUUACCUGGAACCUGUUGAGGACAAAGAAGAGAUUUUGGAGGCAUAUGCAAAGUCAUGGACCUCCGGAUGCCUGGAAAAAGCUUCCUCUAGAGAAUCUGUUAGCUUCACGCUGGCAGUGCAUCACCUCUCUUGUUUCAUUUUCAACACGAGUGCAUCUGAGAAGCUAGCUAUGCGAAAUAAGUUAGCAAAAUCUCUUUUAAGAAGCUAUUCACAAAAGCCACAUCAGGAGACCAUGCUGUUGACUCUCCUUCGAUAUGGAUUAAUGUUUUCGCAAGAGCCAACUUACAAAACUGAAGUUGCCAGGAGAUUGGUAGUGCUGAAGGAAGCUUGCGACGGAAACUCUUCUCUCUUGGUGAUGGUGGAGAAGCUGGAGUCCUUGGGUUAGAUUAUAAAGAUCAAAGUCCUGACUCAUUUCGAGUACCAUUGUGCCACCGUCAGUGGUUGCUGGAUGAAGUUUUGUUUCUGCAAUCAUUGUCCUCUGGCCAACGACUGCCUGCGACAAUUGCUCAUGGUUGUUCCAUCGAUGUUUGCAAGCUACUACCCUGUACAAUGAUUUACACUACCUUAACAUAUAUGUACCUUAAAAUUGUGUAUCUUUCGGGUUAAAGAAAUUUUCACAAAAGAUGUACAGAUAGGUUGCAGAAGAGCUGUUUGUUCAGUGGUCCGGAACAUUUUUGUAACAAAAUUAUCAAAUGGUACUGAAAUUACAGUACCAGAAUAUGAAAAGAUAUCUUGUGCAGAUAGGUUAGAUUGA